AUGCUCACGGACUUGAAGUCAAAUCGGGCAGUAUACGAGUUUUGGGCUCAAAAGGUUCGUAGUCGUGUCUCCGAUCCCGCAAAAAGGGAAAUCGUUGCACCCCCGGAGCCACUUUACCCGUUCGGGACGAGGAGGACACCCCUCGAGCAAGACUGCUAUGAGUGUGUAGAUCAGCCUAACGAGGAGCUUAUCGAUCUACGGAAGACACCGGUCGAGUUCGUGAACAAGACCGGAAUUGUCACUUCAGACGGAACGCAAAGAGACCUCGAUGCCAUCGUCAUGUCCACGGGAUUUGACAGCUUCACUAACUCGUACGUUAUCUCUCCAUGGUUCAUGUGCUUUUCUUUACCGACGCCGCUUGCUAAAAUCAGCGUAGCUAACCUGUGA